AUAAUUCCAUGUUAUGUUUACAUGUUACUUGUGUUGCCGACUGAACUAAUUAUGGAUGAAAUAUUAAACCUCUAUUGAUUUUACAAUAUUAAAAUGAUUUAUGUUUAAUAUUCGGUGCUAUUUGUUUUUGUUUUGAUUAAAAGUAUUUUACAAAAGACAAUAAUCAUUUUAUAUUGAAAUGCCUGUUGAUCAAAGACGUAUCAAUGGUCCAGAAGUAUCUGUGCCUUAUCACAUUUAUUCGGAUUUCGAUAAGAAAAGCGACAAAGAGAAACAUGAUUUUAGUAAAAGAAGUGACAAACGAACUGACAAUGAAAUGCGAAAAAUAUUUUUAAAAACAGGAAUCGUUAGCCAAGCAAAGGGCUCUGCAUACAUAGAAAUAGGAAAUACAAAAGUAGUUUGUUCGGUGUUUGAUCCUAGAGAAUUAUCGAACAAGAAUGGCUACUGCAUGCAAGGGGAAAUUUAUUGUGAAUUUAAGUUUGCCCCGUUUUCUUGUCAGAAACGGAAAAUUCAUCAGCAAAACGCCGAAGAAAAACAGUAUAGCUUGAUUUUACAAAGGGCAUUAGAACCAGCUGUUUGUUUGCAUGAAUUUCCCAAUUUUCAAGUGGAUGUAUAUGUAAUGGUCUUGGAUAAUGCUGGUUCUUCAUUAGCUGCUGCAAUUAUGGCUGCCAGUACCGCUUUGGCUAAUGCGGGCGUUCCUAUGUUUGGUUUAGUUACAGCUUCAACUAUAGGUAUAUAUGGUAAUCAUUACUUAAUGGAUCCUACGGAUACAGAAGAAGGAAUAUGUAAUACACAACCAGAUAAUGAAGAUGAUUUUAAUCAUGGGAUAAUUACAUUGGCUAGUCUUCCGCAACAUAAUCAAAUAUCUGAAGUAUUUCUAAUUGGUAGUAUCGACACAAACACUAUUAAUCAAGCAACAGAAAUAUUAACAGCAGCUAACAAAGAUAUUUGUCCUGUACUUCAGCAAUGUUUAGUAAAAACUAUUAUGAAACUACAUAACGAAAAAAAGUAAUAAAAUAUUUAAUCAAGAAA